AUGGAGAAGGACAAGGGCAAGCAAACGGAACGCGAAGGCAGCACCGCUGCUGACGUCGAAGCAGAGGACCAGGAGGAACCUCCGGUGGCCGACGGUGAGGGGACUCGCCGCCGUAAGCGGAGGAAGGGGAGCGAUGAGGAUGACGAUGGACAGGCACUUGGCCCUCGCAAGUGCUGGCGAGCAACUACAGGCGAGGAAAAGAAAACCAAGUAUUCCGCCCGCGAGGACGAGGCCCUCUUGGCCUCCGUGCAGGCCUUCUGCUCCGCGGCAGGGUUGGGCUCAACGGAGGAGGCGGUGUACCGGUUCAUCGAAAACAAAGAGUGGAAGAACCACCGUGGCUGCUGGAUCGAAAUAGCACGGGCGCUUCCGGACCGGUCGCUGGCGUCUGUCUUCGAGCGAGCCAAACGGACCCUCAACAAGAAGGACAAGAAGGGUCCGUGGGACGAGGCGGAAGAGCAACUGCUCCUCGAGUUGUAUCGGAAGCACGGCAACAACUUCCAACUCAUCGGGGCCGAGCUGGGCAGGUGGCCGACCAGCGUGAGGGACAAGGUGCGCGUGCUCGAGAGCACCAAGUGGCGACUUCCCGGCGCCAGCAGAACCCACGCCCCCUGGACUCAAGCCGAAGACAUCAAGCUCCUCAAGCUGGUGAAGAAGGCGACGGACAACUUUGAGACGAACGUCCCCUCUGGUGGCAGCUUCUGGGUGGAGAUCGCCAAGCGCAUGAAGGACCGCAACUAUUCCCAAUGCCGCAAGCGCUGGUCGCGCGCUCUCGACAAGGACGUGGAGAAGGUCGGUCAGUGGACUGCCGGCGAGAACUGGCUCCUCCUCCAGAAUUUGGUGGAAGGCGAGUACGAGCGCAAGGAGGACAUCCUUUGGUCGGACGCCUGUCGCGGUCUUCCCUUCCCACCGGACGUGGUCCAUCCUCACUUCCGAGACCUGCUCCUUAAGCACGAAAUCGAUGGCCACGGUCCCCUCGACGAGGUUCUCGAGGCGCUGGCCGUUCCUCUCAAGGCGCAAUACGAGGAGUGGGUGGAGGCGGGCAAGCCCGAGGCCAAGGCCACCAAGCUCUCCACGUGGCACCGGGAGGUGCAAAAGUUGUACGGCAAAGACAACCGCCCACUCAUGGAAGGCGACUCAACGGAAGACGAGGCAGAACAACAACAACAACAUCAGGAGCCACAACAAGAACAAGAGGAGACAGAGACGCAUGGGAGCUCCACUGUGGCAAGUGACGAAGCCACCACCAAGAAGUCGAUGACGAGGAAGAAGAUGGCGAAGAAGUCAAGCGCCGGCGAGUCCCCGCCGACAACAGAACAGGUCAGUGGCGAGGAAGAGGCGAAAAAGGCGAAGAAAAAGAAGAAGAAGAAGAAGCAGCAAAAGACGAAGGAGAAGAGCGGGGUCCCUCCAACGACGGAACAGGGCGGCGUCCACGAGGAACCAACCCCGAAGAAGAAGAAGAAGAAGAAGCAGCCAAAGACGGGCCAAGCAGCUGCGGAGCUGCCGCCAGCGAAGGGAAAGCGCAAGAGGAGCGGCGGCAGGGAUGCGGACGCCUCGCAGCAGCCCAACACCAAAAAGAGGAAAGCGGACGGCGGUGCUUUGAAGAAAUAG